AUGUUAACCUCAGAUUUCGACAAUGAAUAUGCAUUUUAUUUGGAGAUUGCGGUUUUUGUUUUGUCAUCGAUUGGAUCAGCGUUCUUCAUGUUUAUGAUCCUCAAACGGACAGAGCAGCUGAUGCAGGUGUAUCAGAAGAUUCUCAUGUACAGUUCGCUCUACGAUUGGGUCGUUACGUUUACGUCUUUUUUCACUCGACCGGUUAGUUUUUGCAACAGGGAUUUUCUACAUUUCUUCUUCGUUUUUUUGGACAAUUAUCAUAUUUUUUUGAUCGUUUCAGAUAUUCUUCAUGGAUGAAGGCAAUUGCUAUCUGAUUUCGAACUAUUUUAUGCAAAUGCUAUCAGAUCAAAUGCAGUUCUUCUUCUUCUUCAGCUAUAUCUUCGCAUUUCAUGCGUUGCCUGCGGUGGUGGCCUUGUCUUAUUACUAUAGAUAUCUGGUGGUUUGCAAGUGAGUUUAUAUGUAAAAGGCAGAACGUAUCUUAGACGAAUGCGUAUUUUACAAACAUAUACAUAUAUCUUUCAGAGAAAAAAUCAUGACAAACUCCCAAUUCGUUGUCUUUGCAAUCUUCGCCACGACUGGAUCUGUCAUCAUGAUUGUCCUGAACUCCAUGUGGAUCAUGCCAAGAUACGGCGUCCAUCAAGAUCGGUUUACGGAGCAAGCGAGCAAGAUUAAAAACAGUUUCUUGCUGGAAAACAAGGAUAAGAUUUUUGGGAUUGGUGAUAAUGUAAGCAUUUACGUUUUUUAAUUUUUUUUUUGAGAGCUUUUUUCAUCAAAAAAAUUUCCAGGGUCCAGCAGCCUUGAAAUUAUAUUCGGUUGGGUUUUUCGUUACCCUUGUAUCGUAUGUUCUGAUCUUUAUUUACAUUCGAAAAGUUGUGAAUACCUUCCGAAUUCGCGAUGGUAAAACCAGAUGGCAUUCGGUCAAUAAACAAGUCGCAAAGUCACUGAUUGUUCAGGUAAUACAUCUACUUUUAUACUUCGUUAAAAAAGUCAUAUUCUUUUCACAAGGAAAGUACUUCUAUGGGGUAUGGAGUUAUCGGUCGAGAUAUAUAUCAAAAAAUUCGCAAAAAUUUUCUGAUUCAGAAUAUAUAAAAAUUAGCUGCCUAAUUUUGGUUUGUAAGGGUGAAAAAAUCCUCAGAACUUUUCUCGCAGCACCACGCAAAUGCCUUUUUGACCAAGUUUUUACCAAUUGAAAAGCUUUGUUUGGAGCUAAAGUAAACUCUGGCAGCUUGACAAGCCUUGAAAUAACAAAUUUUAUUAAUACUCCACCUUACUUAGUAGUCCCAACAUAAAAAAAUUUUAAAAAAGUGGCAUUUGAGUGGUGUUGCGAGAAAAGUUCUGAGGGGUUUUUCACCCUUACAAACCAAAAUUAGGCAGCUAAUUUUUACAUAUUCUGAAUCAGAAAAAUUUUGCGAAUUUUUUGAUAUAUGACUCGACCUGUAACUCCACACCCCAUAGAAGUACUUUCCUCGUCAAUAAAAAUUUGAUAAAAAUUCAAAAAAAAUAUUGUUUUAGGCUGUUACCCCCUCCGUAACCAUGGUCCCAAUGUUUGUCCUGAUGGCGGCUUGUGUAAUUCUACAACCCUCCGAAGCCUUCGUAACGACUUGUAAUUACAUUAUGAACAUCACUUUGACAAUCAUGCCGGUGAUCAAUCCCUUCGCUUCGGCCUCGUUUAUCGAUGCCUACCGUGAAGCGGCCCUAAGGAUAUUCUGUUGUUGCUUCGCACCCAGCAAGACUAAGGUCAAGAAGGAGAAGAGAGAGACUUCAACUCAUAUUUCCAGUGCUUAG